CACACUGUUCUAGUUUAUUGGUCCGAAUACUUCACCUCAUAAUUUUAUGCACCAUAGAUUAUUUAGAUAUAGCUAAGGAAGGUUACUAACAGUAUCUAUGGCUAAGCGGGCGCAGUGAGCUACAUACGGCAGUGUACUCACUAAUAUAAUAUCACGCGGUAUUACGGAGCUCACGCACACACGCACACACGGCUACUAGAAGUCGAUAAGGAGGUUAGUACCGCGCGAGUUCCCGCGCCCGCGCCACUCGCCGCGUGUUCACAGAGCACACACACACACACAGGCAUGCUGUGCCUCGCGCUGCUCGUGCUCAGCUGCAGGGGAGCCUCGGGGAACAACUCGAGCAGCGAGGCGCUGGAGGCGUCGCGACGCGCCAACGACGCGCUCGCGGCGUCGCUGCGGCGCCAGCUCAUGCGCGACAACUACGACUACCCGCACCCCGCGCCCCACCAACCACACAACAAAACUGGCCACAAGAACUUGUCACAAACACCUAGAACCUCGCAGACCGCGCAGAGAGACAGCGAUGCGUUAGCCACGGAUCGCUACGCUCCCCAGCAAUUUCGCAGCGCCGGCCAGCACCCCCCGCCCCUCCCGCCCCGCCAGCUCGCCCCCGACUACAGCGACGUGCGCGCCGUGGCCGAGCCCGACCGGCGCGGCGACGCGUACGACGCCUUCCACAACAAGCGCCGCGACACCGACGACCCGCCCUACCCGCCCGACCCCAUGCGCCCCCCCCAGCCCUCCGGCGAGCCCGACGACUCCGCGUCCGACAGCGCCGCGCCCGACAUCAGCGAGCCCGCCGACAUCGCGUCCGCCGAACACGACGCCUCCGACUCGUCGGACAGCCGGCGCCGCGAGCUGGCGCUGUACGACGAGUACGGCGCGCAGGGCGUGCGGCCGCCGAGCACGCGCCGCCCGCCGCGUCAGCACCGCGUGUCCAAGCAGGACCUGCUGUACUACAUGGACGACGACAAGCUGCGGCGCCACAACCGCGCGCCGGCCGCCGCGCCGCGCACCCCGCGCAGCGUGCUGGUCACGGUGGCGGCCGGCAACGUCACCUACAAGCUGCUGACGCUGGGGGGGGCGGGCGGGGCGCGGCGCGGCGCGGGCGCGCGGCACGUGCUGGAGGAGCGCGCGCCGCGCGGGGUGGCGCUCAUCAGCCUCGACCGCGCGCCGCUGCCCGCCUUCCGCCUGCCGGCCGCGCGGCGACAGUACAUGCACGAGCCGCACCACCACGCCUAGCGCG